AAGCCGCUGCGAAUCAUGUGAUCCGAAAAACAUGGCCUCAGCUCUAUGAGCCCGGCAGGUGCCGGCUGCGAUAGGAUCUCGUGAGCUGCUGGCAGCCGGGGGGCAGGUGUGCGACUACGAGAUCCAGGCUUGGGUUCCCAGGCGGCGCGCGGCGGCGGAGCGAGAUAGGUCCGGGGCGGCUUGGUCCAUGAGCCGACGCCUGAGGCAGCGCGGAGCUGCAGACUCCCCUGGCCCCGGCGCGGCCCGGGCUGCCGCGGGGUGAAGAGUCGCGGGGCACCCGGGAGCGCCCCGAGCUACUACCAUGAACCCCGAGAAGGAUUUCGCGCCGCUCACACCGAACAUCGUUCGCGCCCUCAAUGACAAGCUCUACGAAAAGCGGAAGGUGGCAGCGCUGGAGAUCGAGAAGCUGGUCCGGGAGUUCGUGGCCCAGAACAACACCGUGCAGAUCAAGCAUGUGAUCCAGACCCUGUCUCAGGAGUUUGCCCUGUCUCAGCACCCCCACAGCCGGAAAGGGGGCCUCAUCGGCCUGGCCGCCUGCUCCAUCGCACUGGGCAAGGACUCGGGGCUCUACCUGAAGGAGCUGAUCGAGCCCGUGCUGACCUGCUUCAAUGACGCCGACAGCAGGCUGCGCUACUACGCCUGCGAGGCCCUCUACAACAUCGUCAAGGUGGCCCGAGGCGCCGUGCUGCCCCACUUCAACGUGCUCUUUGAUGGGCUGAGCAAGUUGGCUGCGGACCCAGACCCCAAUGUGAAAAGUGGAUCUGAGCUCCUAGACCGCCUCUUAAAGGACAUCGUGACAGAGAGCAACAAGUUCGACCUGGUGGGCUUCAUCCCCUUGUUGCGGGAGAGGAUUUACUCCAACAACCAGUACGCCCGGCAGUUCAUCAUCUCCUGGAUCCUGGUUCUGGAGUCCGUGCCAGACAUUAACCUGCUGGAUUAUUUGCCGGAGAUCCUGGAUGGACUCUUCCAGAUCCUGGGCGACAACGGCAAAGAGAUUCGGAAAAUGUGUGAGGUGGUCCUUGGAGAAUUCUUGAAAGAAAUCAAGAAGAACCCCUCCAGUGUUAAGUUUGCUGAGAUGGCCAACAUCCUGGUGAUCCACUGCCAGACCACAGAUGACCUGAUCCAGCUGACAGCCAUGUGCUGGAUGCGGGAGUUCAUCCAGCUGGCCGGCCGGGUGAUGCUGCCCUACUCUUCCGGGAUCCUGACCGCCGUCCUGCCCUGCCUGGCCUACGACGACCGCAAGAAAAGCAUCAAGGAGGUGGCCAACGUGUGCAACCAGAGCCUGAUGAAGCUGGUCACCCCUGAGGACGAUGAGCCCGACGAGCCCAAGCCCGUGGUGCAGAAGCAGGCAGAAGCCAAGCCCGAAGACUCCUCGGCGAAGCAGGAGGGGACAGCCAGUGGAGGGCCCGACAGUUCUUGUGACUCCAGCUUCGGUGGCAGCAUCGGUGUCUUCUCUCCAGCCGGCACCGAACGGGCCCCGGUCACCCUCCACCUCGACGGGAUUGUGCAGGUGCUGAACUGCCACCUCAGCGACAUGGCCAUCGGCAUGAUGACCAGGAUCGCCGUCCUCAAGUGGCUCUACCACCUCUACAUCAAGACCCCCCGGAAGAUGUUCCGGCACACGGACAGCCUCUUCCCCAUCCUACUCCAGACGUUAUCGGAUGAAUCCGACGAGGUUAUCCUCAAGGAUCUGGAGGUGUUGGCAGAAAUUGCAUCCUCUCCCGCAGGCCAGACAGAUGAUGCAGGCCCGCCCGAUGGCCCUGACCUCCGGGUCGGCCACUCGGAGCUCCAGGUGCCCACGCCUGGCAGAGCCAGCCUGCUGAGCACUCCCGGUGCCAAAGGCCUGGAAUGUUCUCCUUCCACUCCCACCAUGAACUCCUACUUUUACAAGUUCAUGAUCAACCUUCUCAAGAGGUUCAGCAGUGAACGGAAGCUCCUGGAGGUCAGAGGCGCCUUCAUCAUCAGGGUCUGGAUGGGCCUCGGCAGGACUUGUCCCUUUGACCACACUGGAGAUGGUGUCAUUAAAGAGCCGGGACACACCCUCCUAGCCUGGAACUUGGCGGCCGAGGCAGCUCUGCCUCCUGCUGAACGCGGAGAACAUCUUCCACUCGAUGGCGGACAUCCUGCUCCGGGAGGAGGACCUCAAGUUCGCCUCGACCAUGGUCCACACCCUCAACACCAUCCUGCUCACGUCCACCGAGCUCUUCCAGCUGCGGAACCAGCUCAAGGACCUGAGGACCCCGGAGAGCCGGAACCUCUUCUGCUGCCUGUACCGCUCCUGGUGCCACAACCCGGUCACUACAGUGUCGCUGUGCUUCCUCACCCAGAACUACCGGCACGCCUACGACCUCAUCCAGAAGUUCGGAGACCUGGAGGUCACCGUGGACUUCCUCACGGAGGUGGACAAGCUGGUGCAGCUGAUCGAGUGCCCCAUCUUCACAUACCUGCGCCUGCAGCUUCUGGACGUGAAGAACAACCCGUACCUGAUCAAGGCCCUGUACGGCCUGCUCAUGCUGCUGCCCCAGAGCAGCGCCUUCCAGCUGCUCUCCCACCGGCUCCAGUGCGUGCCCAACCCCGAGCUGCUGCAGACGGAAGAUGGUCUGAAGGCAGCCCCCAGAUCACAGAACGCAGACUCCCUGAGCAUCGACUACGCAGAGCUGCUGCAGCACUUUGAGAGGGUCCAGAAGAAGCACCUGGAAGUGAGGCACCAGCGGAGCGGGCGUGGGGAUCACCUGGACCGGAGGGUUGUCCUCUGACAGGCCUGGCAUGGAGAAGGGCCCGGGAGUGGUCCCCUCUGCACAGCGCCCGAGGACCUGCCUCCGGGGCAAGGCUGGACCCAGCCACCAGCCUGGAGCAGGGUAGGGGGUGGAGGCUCUGUCCACCCGAGCUCCUCUCACGGCCCAGCCCCCCAGGCCCCCGGCACAGGCAGCUGCACUCUGGCAUUCAGACAGAGCUGGCUUCCCACCAGGGUGGGCCUGCAGCCUCAGACACCCCCACUUUCUGGAUUCAGGUUCUUUCUAAUGCCCUCUUGUAAAAGAGCUUGACCUCAGCCCACCAGAGCUCUGACCUCGUGCAGAUGUGUGUGUACAUAGGUGUGUACACAUCUCCGUGCACACAGGGACCAGCACAGAGGCCCAUGUGAAUGAUGCACACCCCCUGCCCCAAUAAAGAAAUGACAGAAAAGCCUC